ACAACCAAUAGGGGUGUUGCAUCAACCCUUACCCCACCUCCAUUUCCAGCUAUUUGCCUCUCUUUAAGCUUUUUUCUCCAAGUCACUCUCUUUCUUGUUCUUCUCUAUCUAUCUUUUCUUCUUUAGACUCUUCAAACAACAAAAGCCUUUGUUUUUCCUCUAUCUCAGUUCAGCCGCCUCUUUUACAGCUUUUUCCCUGGUGAUUUUGACCUUUUGGGGGUUUCUUGGUCUCAGUUUGAUUACAGCGGCAGAGAACUCAGACUGUGGGUGUAAGCGGCAGCCAUUGGUGUUCAAUCUUCAUCCAUUACCUUUGUGAUGUCCCAGUGAAACAAACGAUAGUACUUGCCUUUCUAAAUAAUCAGCUCUUGAGCUUUACCCUAAAUAGAGUCGACCAUUGUUCACUAGAGAGGGAAUUCCAAUUAAUUUUCAGCUCUACUAGUCCUGCUCUUCCUCUCCAGAAUUUUCCGGUAGUGGAUUCUGUACUGGUGAUAUUGUGGUUCGUUUCUGAUCUGUCAUUGUGAGUGUACUUAAGGCUUUUGGAAUAUCAUGGUUUGCAAAGUCACCCUCUUGUUUACUUAGAAUGAGCGUAAGAAUAAACGAUCAAUCAUUGGUUUUGGUCACCAAGGAUGGGUAGCCAGACUAGCCACUAUACUGCAUUAAAAAUUCUGAUAUGCAUCAUAAGCCUAUCGCUUUGCAUUCAAUGGCCGGAAGUAUUUGCUGUUGAUGUCCACCCCCAGGCUGGAAGGAAACUUCUCCGAGAUGGAAUCAAAGAAGAAGCCACAUCCCCUGUAGCUCAUUUACAGAAAGACCAAAAUGGUUUCCAUUUUUUGUUUUCUUCAAAGAUUGUGGCCAUGGCUGCACCCGGAGUACUCAUUUUAGGCUGUGUUUUUCUUUUGCCCUGCUGUCAGCCUAAGAAAAAGGAUGCUCACUCUGGUGAUUCCCAGAUGGAUUUAACCGCAAUGGAUUUGUCUUCCUCCUUUGAGGGUAGUUCACAUCUAGAAAAGGUUUCUGCUAGUCCAUGGCGCCAUGCACUGCCCAGUCCAUCUCCAUCGCGAUAUCCACCACCCAGUCCAAAUCGCUCACGGCAUCCUCCACCUAGUCCUCGAUAUGCAAUGUCUCCAAGGCUCGAUAGGUUUGGAUCAGUUCAUCUUAAUUUUAGCCAGAUUGCAAAGGCUACACAUAAUUUCUCAUCAUCCUUUAAGAUCGGUGAAGGUGGUUUUGGAACCGUGUACAAGGCUCAGUUACCUGGUGGACAGUGGAUAGCUGUGAAGCGAGCAAAAAAGGAACACUUUGAUUCUUCUGAAUUCACCAGUGAAGUCGAGAUCUUGUCAAAAAUUGAGCACCUUAAACUGGUGAGGCUGCUCGGAUAUGUUGACAAGGGAAAUGAACGGCUCAUAGUUACCGAGUAUGUUUCAAAUGGAACUCUUAGAGAACAUCUAGAUGGUGUGAGGGAUAAAAUUCUGGAUUUUAAGCAGCGUCUUGAGAUUGCAAUAGACAUUGCACAUGGCUUAGCGUAUCUUCAUCUAUAUUCAGAGAAAAAAAUAAUUCACCGUGACGUGAAGUCAUCCAACAUUCUGAUAAAUGAGAAUUUAAAGGCCAAAGUUGCGGAUUUUGGAUUUGCAAGAGUGGGUCCUGCUGAUGGUGAUCAAACUCAUAUUUCAACCAAGGUGAAAGGAACUGUUGGAUAUCUUGAUCCAGAGUAUAUGAAGACCUAUCAACUCACCCCAAAAAGUGAUGUCUACUCUUAUGGAAUUUUGCUUUUGGAAAUUCUGACUGGACGCCGUCCUGUGGAACCCAAAAGACCUAUUGAUGAGAGGGUAACCAUCAGAUGGGCUAUCACUAGCUACAAUGAAGGUGAUAUGUUGAGGCUUGUUGAUCCACUAAUGAAUGAACGGGUAGAUGCAGAAAUACUGGACAAGAUAUUUUGUUUAGCAUUUCAAUGUGCUGCUCCCGGAAGAGCUGAUCGCCCAGAUAUGAAAUCGGUUGGGGAACAGUUGUGGGCGAUAAGGAUGGAAUAUCAGAGAACCACCAGAAGUGGGUAGAAUGAUGAUGCCUUGCCUUCCCACUUUUUAACUUAAAAUCAAGAGCAGACUGAUGUUAAUUGACUACCCCGACUUCUACUUCUACCAGGAAACGUUUGUGCUUCAUGGAAAUAGAAUGCCCAUUCAUUGUGAUUUUUAGUGUACAUUAUUAUUAUUAUUAUACGAGGAGUAUGGAAACUUGCCGCGUCAAGAGUGUCAUCUAGCAUAGCUCACAAAAUAUGUACCCCGUAGAUUUUGAAUCGCUGUGUGUACCUAAUAAGCUGCUGUAUUUUUGUGUUCUUGAUGGUCAUAUCAUAUGUAAUUUUAACAAAGUUCCGAAAAUUUGAAACCAUUCAUAAUCAAAUGUGCAUAAGCUUUAUUGCA